CUAUGCGGAAGCGGUGUCUGAGCAGAAACGUGGAUCGCUUUUAAAGUUUUUACAGCUUCAUCAGCGGUUUGAUGCCAUGAAGAUAAACGAGAACACUUUAUUGGAGGGACACAGAGUCGUGCUGGUUCCUUACAACGUAAACCACGUGCCCAGGUAUCAUGAGUGGAUGAAGUCUCCGGAGCUGCAGCAGCUGACCGCUUCAGAGCCGCUGACCCUGGAUCAGGAGUACGACAUGCAGAAGAGCUGGAGGGAAGAUGACGACAAAUGCACGUUCAUAAUCUUGGACAAGCAGCGGUGGGCAGACCCCAGUGUGGAGGAGGAGCAGUGCAUGGUGGGAGAUGUCAACAUCUUCCUGACUGAUCCAACAGACCCUUCGCUGGCUGAGCUGGAGAUCAUGAUAGCAGAGCCCAGUUACAGAGGGAAGGGCAUCGGAAAGGAGGUGACACUUAUGAUGAUGUGCUAUGGAGUCACCAAACUCGGGGUCAGAAAGUUCCAAGCAAAGAUCGGGCUGGAGAACCAGGUCAGCAUCACCAUGUUCAAGAAGCUCCACUUCCAAGAGGUGUCGCAGUGUGCGGUGUUCAAAGAGGUGACACUCGAGCUGACGGUAGAUGAGUCCGUUCGGACGAAGCUGCUGGACGAUGCAGCUCAUAUGAAGGAACGAGAUUACAGACAGACAUGCAGCAGCAGACAUGAACUGCUCUCACAGUGAGGUUCUAUACUGAGCUUCUCACUCACCUUCUAAAGACUUCAGCUUGUGAAGCAGGAUGAUGUGACAGGAUGAUGUGAAUCUGAAAACUUGCAACAGAAUCCUUUAUUCAAGUCACAAGAAAUGUUAUUUUCUGUCACGUAGUGGCAAAAAAUUCUGAUUAUAAGACAAACAGAGGCAGACAAGGACAAAGCCAUACCUCAUACAAUUUUAAAUAAGGAAAUCCAGAUUCACAAUAGAGUUGAAUGGGUUCUUCCUUUUUGGAUACGCUUCACCAGGUUUGUGGAAUUCGUCUUGGUGGUUUUGGCGUGAUCUUGCUGGCUGUUGGACUUUGCGGAGGAAAAAAACUGCAAAUUAUAACUUGAACACUGUUGAAAAACAAAUGCAUAGGUUUGAAUAUGACAUCACACUUUCAUCCUCACGUAUCAAAUCGUGUACUGUAGUCAAGACAUUGAUUUAACCGUUGUCAUCUCUGAUGCGAGGAGUAAAAUGAAAUGAAAGAUGCUGUGGCUGACGUUUCUAGUGGAGCUGGUUCACUUUAUAUUGAUUGUGUACCACUUUAACAAACUAGAAAUCACUUGCCAACGCAAAGAUUUGUGCUUCUUUAUCUAUAAACCAAGUUAAUAUCUCUAGUGUCCUUUGUUUGGAGAAGAUUUACACUUAAAAUUGAAAGGUGAUGUUUUUAUGUUUGGUUCAGUAUUUCUAUUGACCAGUUCUGACUUUUUGAAACUAAACUUCAAAUUGGACCAAACUGAUGGCUUUAGUCACCAGCUUUCAGCAACAUUAGGCGCUAAUUCUUUUUAAUUAUUCACUCUGUCCCCAAAAUGAAAUUGAGAGCUUUUUUCCACUUACUGAUGCACAGCCAUUAAAAACCACAGCCUAAUGUGUUAUUUACACAUCUCUUAUACAUUAAAGUCUCGUAUUCCUCUUAAUGUCACAUAUUUUUCUUAAUUUUGUUGCUGAAAACUGGUUGGUGUCAAACAUUAAAUGCCAGCUGCGGGAGCUUUAUUGCCAUGUUUAUUUUCGUACUUCAUACUCCUAAAUCUCACUGUCCUCCUAUUCAGUCAACAACAGACAUUCAUGAGGUCUUAAGAUUCAGCAAAAAGGACUAGAUGUUAUAGUCCCUGAUAGUGCAUUGCUUUAGAUGGAGAGACUCUUGAGGGAUGGCUGUUAUGAGGAAAGGCAGCCCAGAAACUUUGCCAGCAGCACACCUCGUUGUGUGCCUCAACUUUCGGUCUUUUACCCAAGCUAAUCUGCCAUUUCCCUUCCUUGGUUAGGUUUAGGGAUUAGAGAUCUGAUCUAGGUUAUCAUUUUAAAAUUUAGGACACAUCGUCAGUAGUGGACCUUGGAUUCAUCGGGUGUUUCGGCCAUUAUCACUAGACACCCUCAUAUAAGGAGGUCUUGCCAGGGUUGAUCAGGCCCUGGAGUGUGUCACUGGUUUAUGUUAAAUUGUUAUUUCUCUUCUCCUUUCUUCUGUUUAGUUUCCUACAAUUUAUUUUUAUCUUUUCACUGCAACUGAGAAAUAAUACUUGCCUCUUUAGCAUUUAUGGAGCCUAAAUUCUUCUACGGGGUAGAAAAGGUGAUAGAGAGAAGUAAGACAAAAAGGACAAGAUAGGAGAGAGCAGAGAGGAGAGCCGGAAGGGGGGCACCCGAUCUGGCUUCCCACACCUCCCCGCCGGAUCGGGCUGUAUGCUCUACCUCCCCACUGCCUCCCAGAAAAGGUAGAAGAGCAGAGGAGAGAAGAGCGGAAUAUUUCAUAAGAUCAUAACUAACAAACCAAUUAAAAUUUUCCUCUUCUUCUCCUCAUCAACUUCAGUUAAGUCGUAUCAUUACUAUGUGAUAUUAGCACAAGUGUGCUACAAGCUAAUGCUAGUCUACACCUUAAGGGAGUCCUGCAGUUAGGUCCAUAAGUUUUUGGACAUGUCAUAUUUGUGAUUUUUAUCAUAUCAAAGAGCAGAGAUGUGAUUGAAAUGCACACUUUCAUCUGCAGCCACCUUCAGUUUCUGCUUCUUUGUGGGUCUUUUGGCCUUCAGUUUUGUCUUCAGUUUGGGUUACAAUCAUGUGACUGACUGGGCUAUUGAAGAAUACAAUCCAGAUGUUGAUGAUGUUGUGGUUUGCACCUUCUUGUAAACUGUCAGGAUUUCCUUUAUUAUAAAGACAUCUGUUGAUUGCUGACCUUCCUCUGUGAGGGUGCUCUUGGACAGAUAUUGUGAAAGGUUUUUUCCCAUCAAGUUUAAGACUUGAAAUCAACUCCAGAUGAACUCCAGAUUUAUCUGCCUAAUUUGUUAUUAAAUAAUGAUGGAGCAGGCCUCAUGGAGCUGUAAAAUGGAUUGCUUCUGAGCCCUUAAAAUAGGGAAAAGAUAUAUAAAAAUUCCAAAACAGCUGAUACAAUGUACUUUUUUUCAAAAUUACCAAAAUGCAGUCUUGUUUUGUUAGACUUGAACUGAGAGGUACUUGUUUUUUUUGAAGAAUUGCUACAUUAACUUCAGUUGUGACACCAAGCCUUUGAUUGAAUUUCCUUCCAACCCUAUUUUGAAAAAUCAGAUUUAGGAAACAUGAACCGCCACUAAAGGCACUUCCCACCCAUUUUCUUUCUUUCUUUCUUUUUAACUUAUUUGUUGUGGUUUCCCAGACUUCACUCACGCAGAAUGGACGUAUUAGACAAAAAGCUAAUGGAUGGCAACGGCAGCUAAAACGGAACGCUUUGUUGGUCAUAUUAGGUGGUUUAUAGUCUCAGGUUUCAAUUGUCCAAGGAGGGCAUUCUGAGUAAUGUUUGUGGUAUUGUUUGCAAUUUCUAGCUAGUUUAGUUUAGUUUUAGUCUCGUUUUGGAGAAUGGCUCUAACAGCACAGAGUCCUCUGAGGUGUCUUAGUGCAGCUGUAAAAGUGCAUCAAGAUGUUUUUUUUUAAACACUAACAAUGAUCAUCAAUGUGUAACUUGAAUAUGAGCAUUAUAGUUCUUUUUUGACCUUCUAAGCAGCAGGGAAUUUCACCACCCAGCCCAUCCUGGUGCUUUAACAUAUAACAUACCAAAUAAUCACAUGAGCUGCACCUGUUUGUCACAUUGAUGUAAUAAAGUCAGAAGCUCCAGAGAAGCUACAUUCUGGCUCAUUACACACUGAUUCUCUAUUACUUUCUCCAUCACCCGAGUACUUUAUGUUUCACAACAUUUUACAACAACGUUAAACAUUUCACCAAACUACAAAACCCAGGAAGCCAUUCUCUAAUCAGUCUUUAUACCAGCUGUCAACUUCAAACUGAUGCACGAUUGAGGAACCUGCAUCCAGUGUAGACGCAGCUUCAUGUUCACUUUAUGUUUAAUUUGUGAAUUUUUAAUA